GAUGUCACUAAAUUAAUGAGCAGUUAUAGUCGUCCAGUGGAUGAAGUCUGGGCCUCCGGCUUAGCAGAGUCCUCCAAAUUACCCAAAGAGAAGGAGAAGAAAAGCAUGUUGGGGGAGAAGAGAUCGGCUACCUCUACCAUGGACAUCAUGGGGCAAAGAGCUCCCGUGGAGGACGGGAGCGCCAGCGGCAUGCGCACUGCAGAGACAAUGCUGCGUCUGGUCCCCAUGGCUCUCUCCGUCGCGGCACUUGUUGUCAUGCUCAAGAACUCUCAGACCAACGACUUCGGUUCCCUUUCCUACUCCGACCUUGGAGCCUUCAGGUACUUGGUGAACGCCAAUGGAAUUUGUGCUGGCUAUUCCCUUCUUUCAGCCAUCGUUGUAGCCAUGCCUCGCCCCUCCACCAUGCCCCGUGCAUGGACCUUCUUCUUCCUUGACCAGAUGCUCACCUACAUAAUUCUGGCUGCCGGAGCUGUGUCGUCGGAGAUGUUGUACCUGGCAUACAAGGGAGACACAGCCAUUACCUGGAGUGCAGCUUGUGGCUCUUUCGACGGAUUCUGCCGCAAGGCCACCGCAUCCGUAGCCAUCACAUUCGUUGCAGUGGUUUGCUAUACACUGCUUUCACUCAUUUCAUCCUAUAAACUUUUCAGCAAAUAUGAUGCGCCGGCGGCCAACCCCGUUGCUCCCUGUCGAGGCUGACCACAAUUAUAUUGCAUGCUUUCUCUUUGUAAUUAAUCCUACUGUUUCUGUGCAUGCAUGCAUAUUAUGUUGCUUAAUUUUGGAGCUUUAACAUAUGGGACUGACCUGAAAAUCUCAGGCCUAUUUGCAAUAAGAAUACUUAAUCUUUUCAUUUCAGAAAUAAGAGUUUUAGUCAAAUUGGAUUUGUUAAA